CACCAGCCUGAACUGCAGACAGGCAGCGUGGCGCUGACAUUGCAGAGGCCCCCCCCCCCGCUCGGUGGUGACCGGCCGCACACGGCCCUCCUUGGCCCCCCUUCGCCGACAGCAUGUUUCGUCGCAGCAAAAGCUGUCGCACCAGUAACAGGAAAAGUCUCAUUCUGACAAGCACCUCGCCUACUCUGCCCCGUCCGCAUUCGCCCCUCCCCGGACACAUUGGAAGCAGCCCUUUGGACAGCCCCCGGACCUUUGCCCCGAGCACCCCUGCGCAUUUCUCCUUCACCUCCUCCAGGAGGGCGGAUGGAAGACGCUGGUCUCUGGCCUCACUGCCUUCUUCUGGAUAUGGCACCAACACCCCCAGCUCCACGUCCUCCAGCUCCUCCCAGGAGCGGCUGCACCAGCUGCCCUUUCAGCCCACGAUGGACGAGCUGCACUUCCUGUCCAAACACUUCGGCAGCACAGAGAGCAUCGCGGACGAACCCGGGGGGCGCCGCUCCCCCCACGUGCGCCCCCGCUCCCGCAGCCUCAGCCCUGGUCGAUCGCCGUCCUGCUAUGACAACGAGAUUGUCAUGAUGAACCACGUCUACAAGGAGCGCUUCCCCAAGGCCACGACGCAGAUGGAAGGGCGUCUGACCGAGUUUAUCCAGGCUUACUCACCGGAGAAUGUGCUGCCCCUGGCUGACGGGGUCCUCAGCUUCAUCCACCACCAGAUCGUGGAACUGUCGCGUGACUGCCUGACCAAGGCACGCGAGGGCCUCAUCACCAGCAUCUACUUCUUUGAGCUGCAAGAGAGCCUGGAGAAGCUGCUGCAUGACGCGUAUGAGCGCUCAGAGAGCACUGAGGUGGCCUUUGUCACAGAGCUGGUGAAGAAACUCCUCAUCAUCAUCUCUCGACCCGCCAGACUCCUUGAGUGUCUAGAGUUCAACCCAGAGGAGUUCUACCAUCGCCUCGAGGCAGCUGAGGACCACACCAAAGAGGGACACCUGAUGAAGACGGACAUUCCCCGUUACAUCAUCAGCCAGCUGGGGCUCACCAGGGAUCCCCUGGAGGAGAUGGUGCACCUGGACAGCUAUGACAGUGAAGGCCCCCACACUCCAGAGACAGAGGACUCAACGGAGGGCAAGCUGAAGGCUGUAAAGCCGCCCUGUGAAAGCGAUUUCCAGACCAUCAAGCUGAUCAGCCACGGUGCAUACGGGGCGGUCUACCUGGUGCGGCACCUGGAAACUCGGCAGCGCUUCGCUAUGAAGAAGAUUAAUAAGCAGAACCUGAUCCUGAGGAACCAGGUCCAGCAGGCCUUUGUGGAACGGGACAUCCUCACCUUCGCGGAGAACCCCUUUGUGGUCAGCAUGUUCUGUUCGUUCGAGACUCGCCGGCACCUCUGCAUGGUCAUGGAGUAUGUGGAGGGGGGUGACUGUGCCACUCUGCUGAAGAACAUCGGCGCACUGCCCGUGGAGAUGGCCCGCAUGUACUUCGCCGAGACCGUUCUAGCGCUCGAGUACAUCCACAACUAUGGCAUCGUGCACCGUGACCUCAAGCCUGACAACUUGUUGAUCACAUCCAUGGGUCACAUCAAGCUCACAGAUUUCGGCUUGUCCAAGAUAGGCCUGAUGAGCCUGACCACGAACCUGUACGAGGAGCACAUAGAGAAGGACACCCGCGAAUUCCUGGACAAACAGGUGUGUGGCACCCCAGAAUAUAUAGCUCCAGAGGUGAUCUUGCGCCAGGGCUAUGGCAAACCGGUCGACUGGUGGGCCAUGGGUAUCAUCCUGUAUGAGUUCCUGGUGGGCUGUGUGCCCUUUUUCGGAGACACACCAGAGGAACUCUUUGGCCAGGUGAUCUCAGACGCUAUCGUGUGGCCAGAAGGUGAGGAGGCGCUUCCUGCUGAUGCCCAGAACCUGAUCUCUGCCCUGCUGCAAACAAACCCGCUGAUACGGCUAGGCACAGCUGGCGCAGCUGAGGUAAAGGAACACUCAUUCUUCUCCAAUCUGGACUGGAACAGCCUGCUGAGACAGAAAGCAGAGUUUAUACCUCACUUAGAGUCAGAAGAGGACACCAGUUACUUUGACACACGCGCCGAGCGGUACCACCACGCCAACUCCUACGACGAGGACGACACCAAUGAUGAUGAUGAGCCGGUGGAGAUUCGUCGAUUCUCUUCCUGUUCACCGCGCUUCAGCAAGGUCUACAGCAGCAUGGAGCACCUGUCACAGCUGGAGCAGAAGCUCCCUACGGUCACCCUGAGGGAGCACAGGGGCCUAAAGGAGGACAAGGGAGCUAAGAGGGACAGCAUGAGUGGUCUGGGCCCCCGGGACCGUACUUGGAGGACGGGAUCACCGGAGAUGAAGCGCCUGUCCUGCUCUGAGUCCUCCUACACGGAGAGUGACUCCAGCCCCCCGAUGGGUGCCCGGCGCCGGUUCUCUGCCCUCAUGGACACACAUCGCUUUGCAUCUCCACUGGAAGGUGAACCUGAGCCACCACCCCACCAGCGCCCAGGAAAGACCAGGGGAACAUCUCUGGAGAGCAUAACUGUCACCCCUGUGGUUGAGGCAGAGCAGAAAACCCUCAUGAAAGAGGGCAACGGAGCUGCUGCGGCAGAUGCCGUGCGGCGGGUAGGUGAGGCCCCUAGGGACCCUCGCAUCAGUGACCCGCUGGGACUGCGGGUUGGUACCGAUCUGGUCCUGCGUCGUCCGCGGCAGCCAUUGCAGCAGGUCACCGCAGACGGGGAAAGGCAUGGGCCGCGACCCGGGACCAAAGUCAUCAAGUCCGCCUCCGCUACCGCCCUGUCUGUCAUCAUCCCCUCAGAUUCACAUGGCACAUCCCCGUUGGCCAGCCCUAUGUCCCCUCGCUCCCUCUCCUCCAACCCCUCAUCCCGGGACUCCUCCCCCAGCCGGGACUGCUGCCCCACAGUCAGCGUACCCAGAUCGCCCAUCACCAUCCACCGAUCCGGCAAGAAAUACGGCUUCACGCUGCGCGCCAUCCGUGUCUACAUGGGCGACAGUGACGUCUACAGUGUGCACCACAUCAUCUGGCACGUGGAAGACGGCGGUCCUGCACAAGAAGCAGGGCUCUGUGCUGGUGACCUCAUCACACACGUGAAUGGCGAGCCUGUGCACGGACUGGUCCACACGGAAGUCGUCGAGCUUAUCCUGAAGAGCGGAAGCAAGGUGAUGGUCACCACCACGCCCUUCGAGAACACCUCCAUCAAGAUUGGCCCUGCACGCCGAUCCAGCUAUAAGUCUAAAAUGGCUCGGCGCAACAAGAGGACAGCAACGAAGGAAGGGCAAGAAAGUACUAAGAAGCGCCAUUCCCUUUUCCGGAAGAUCACCAAACAGUCAAACCUAUUGCACACUAGCCGCAGCCUCUCGUCCCUAAACCGCUCACUGUCCUCCAGCGACAGCCUGCCUGGUUCCCCCACCCAUGGCCUUUCUGCUCGCUCGCCCACCCAAAGCUAUCGCUCCACACCUGAUCCCGCCUAUCUGGGUGCCUCCUCUCAGAGCAGCUCCCCAGCCUCCAGCACACCCAACUCACCGGCAGCAUCUCAACACACGCGACCCAGCUCUCUGCAUGGCCUGUCCCCCAAGCUGCACCGACAAUACCGUUCUGCCCGCUGCAAGUCAGCUGGCAACAUCCCGCUUUCACCGCUGGCACACACGCCUUCACCCACUGCCUCCUCACCACCGCCACUGCCCGGGCACUCAGUGGGCAGCUCCAACACCACACAGACUUUCCCUGCCAAGCUGCACGCAUCGCCACCUGUGACUCGACCCCGGCCCAAGAGUGCAGAGCCACCCCGCUCACCGCUGCUCCAGCGUGUACAGUCUUCCGAGAAAGUGGGCUCGCCUCUGCCGUCGGUCCAGGACAAGAAAAUAUGUGGAGGAGGAUCCUUGAGCAUGGCUGGGCGUAAGCAUGGCCUGGAGGCCUCGCACCCAGACUACCGCAAGGAGCCCUUCCACAGUGAGCUGGGGUUGCAGAGCCUACUGGAGACGGAUGCUGAAGGCCCAUCCCCUCCCACUUCUGCUGGGCUCACCUCCUGUGAGCCACCCAUCCCAAAACCAAUGCGGAAGCUUGGACGGCAAGAGCUACCUUUCAGCAGAGAGGCUUUACUAGCGGGAAUGGAGAGACUUACUGAAGCUCCAGAAAGAGCAACAACCAACAGCACCGAAGCAUCCCAGAAAGCCGUGGCCAGCAAGCUGUCACAGGCAGAUGUGGAGCCAGCAAUUGCAGAGCCCCUUGCAUGCCAAAACCUUCUUGUUGCUGGGGAGUUUGGCUCAAAAUCCUCAGAAAAUGCCAAGAUCCACAGUCCUACAAUCGUGCACAAGGAUGACUACGAGGAGAAGCGCUCGGUGUGUAAGGACACUAUAAAGUUGGAGCAGAAAGAGGUAAAGAUGGAGGCUGGCAGCAGAAUGGAUCCCCCAAGGGCAUGCUUGAGGGAGGAGGUGCUGGUGAAAGAGGGCCUUGGUUAUAACAGAGAGGCGGUCACAAAAAGGCAAAGUUUAGCUGCAGCCAAAACAGAGGACAAUAAAAUGAGAGGUGUGGCUUCAGAAAGCAGGGGGAAGAGAUUAGCUGCCAGCCAACCUUCAGCGCCCAGUCCAGCCACAGCUCCAGGUCUACCCACAGGCCUAAUCCCCAGUUUAGCUUCAGUGCAAGUAGCAGCCAGACCAGGGUUGGACCAGUGUUCAACUCAUGUGAACCACUACAAAGACUCUCAGGAUAACAAGAAUCUGCUUGAGGCGGGAAAGGACAAUGGCAGUAUCCUCUCGCCUGCAGCAAUCUCCCUCCUUGGAGCUCAGUCAAGUUCUGCCGCCCCUAGUGCCAAAGACGGUACGGCGGUCGAAAUGGCCAGUGCGACAACACCCGAGACUCUCUCUCGAGAGGGCAUCAGGGAAAAAGAUGGUCUUAAAGAAGCAGAGAAGAAGAGGGUCGACUCAACAGAAAAGGCUGAGGCUUCCUCGGGGGGUCCGCAGGCCGCUCCUGCAGUAUCCGUUGAGCUAGCUGGCUCCACUCAGCAGGACAGGCAGAACAUGAGCACUUCCUUCACACGUCACUCAUGA